CGCGCCCAGCGUUCCCACCAUCAGCAGCGGAGGAGCGACACGAAGCGAUGCAGAUGCAGCGUGGGUCAGUGGGCUUCCCCGUCCCCUCCCCCGCCUCGUCGCAUUGAAUUGUUUCUCGCGGUCGCGGUCGAGGCCGUCGCCGUCCCACACCCCACCCAGCUACUACCCCCGUCCCCGCGCCUUCGCCCGCUCCGCCGCCGCGUGCCUCCGGGCUCCGACCCCUCCGCCCCGGCGGCUCGUCCACCGGCCAUGUCGCUGUCGCCGGCGGACGGCGCGGCGUACUGGCUGCGGUGGCAGGUCUUCGUCUGCGGCGCGCUCAUCGCGCUCCCCGCGGCGGCCGCGGCGGCGCUGCUGCCGCGCCUGCGGAGGGCCGCGCCGCCCCUGCGCGCCACCGACCUGUGGGUCCCCUGCUGGGCGCGGCUCCACCCGGGCUGGCUCCUCGGCUACCGCGCCUUCGCGCUCGCCGCCGCGGUCGCGCUCCUCGCGCGCCUCCUCAUCGGGCACGGCCUCACCGUCUUCUACUUCUACACCCAGUGGACCUUUCUAUUAGUCACCAUAUAUUUUGCCUUUGCAACAGCCAUAUCAGCUCAUGGAUGUUGGGUGUACGCAAAGAAAAUCUCAAGGAAAGCUGAUGAAUCCCACGGAUUUCUUAAUGAUGAUGUUGAAAAUCGUGGCCUUUCCACUUCUAUAUCUGUAGAGUUGAAAAAGGAUGAGACAAAUAAGUUGCCAAGCUAUUAUGAACAAAUAGUGAAUGAGAAAAGAGCUGGGUUCUCGGGACGUUGCAUGCAAAUCAUAUACCAGACUAGUGCAGGCGCAACAAUGUUGACUGAUGUCACAUUUUGGGGGCUCCUUGUUCCAUUUUUCUACCGUGACAAGUUUGGGUUAUCAUUGGUCACUGAUGGCAUGCACUCUCUAAAUGCUGUUUUUCUACUUAUAGACACAGUUCUCAACAAUAUGCCUUUUCCCUGGUACCGAAUGGCUUUCUUUGUUUUCUGGAGCUGCGCCUACGUAACAUUCCAGUGGGUCCUUCAUGCUUGUGGAGGCUUAUCCUGGUGGCCGUAUCCAUUUCUGGACCUUUCAUCAUCUGGAGCUCCUCUAUGGUACUUUGGCAUGGCCAUCGCUCAUAUCCCCUGCUUCUUUCUUUACUGGUUGAUCGUGAAGGCGAAGCACACUUACUUCCCAAGGAUGUUCCCACAUGCUUAUGCUAGGACAGUAUAGAUCUAUUUAUCUGAUUAAGGACAAGGAUACGUCUGUAUAAGUAUCAGUAGCAAACUAUUUCGAUGCUUGAUAGGUUCGAGUGUAUACCUGUAUAGUCCCAAGAAUUCACGGCCCCUUUGGGAUGGGGCUGAACCCUGACGCAUGCCUGGAUGCGCAUCUUGAUCAAUGAAAUGCAGAGGUUAAUUGUCGA